CUUAUGUUGAGCGAAACGGUACUUUAUUAGCUUACACCGCGACUCAAGAGUCUUAGUCUUACAUACCCUACCUCUCCUCCAAGCCAUUCAUUGCAAAGACAUUAACUCAACGUUGAGAUGUCCCUCCUAGAACGCUUAAACGUCCCAAUAGAUAACGGAACCGGAGCCCCUUCCAUCGGCCCCGUUCGCACAAAAUCAGGCAGUCGUUCAUCUCCAUACACCCGCCCAAACCGCACCCCCAAAGGCGACCCAGACGCUCAAUGGAGUCACGACCUCUACGAAGACCCAGAAAAACCCAGCCUAUCAUCAAGACUCACCCUGAGCGCCGCGCAGCCUCGCAAACCCGAUUCGCGUCUCGCCCAGCGUGCGCUUAGGGAUGCAGCAGGGGACAGCAAAUCUUCAGGACAGGGCUUGAGCAUCAAAGGUGCAAGUGCAGUACCGUUGGGGAAUGUGGUGGAGAUUAGGGGACUUGUUAAGGGUACGACUGCUGCUGAUGUUGAGGCUAUUUUCAAACGAUGCGGUGCGAUAGUUUCGUCUGAAACAGCAUCCCCUAAGGCCUCUGAGAAUGUCGUCGUCCGCAUCACGUUCAAACUACCUGCACAGGCAGAUGCGGCUGUGAAUAAGUUCAACGGGCAGCCUGCAGACGGCAAAAUUUUGCAAGUUAGCAUUGUGGGGACGAAAGCGGUGGGGUUGUCGGGGAGGCUUGCGGGCGUGGAUGUUGUGGAUGAUAGUGUGGAUGUACUUAUGGAUGGUGGGGAGGAGGGGAGUUCAUCAAAAAUGCGGUCAGAUUCGAUUAUUGCCUCGGAUCCGAGAGCAAGUGUUUUGGUUGCGCCGCCGGGUACAGAUCCGAAGCUAUAUACCCAACACUCGCAUUCAAAUUCUCGUCCGGAUGGGCAGAAGUGGCAUCGUGGGGGAAGGGGUCGUGGACGAGGAGGUCGUGGAAGGAGAGGUGGUGGGGACCGAGGAGCAGGGAUGGAUGUUGACAAUUGAGACGGGAUUUUGUUGGCUAUGGGUAUGAUAUGGAUGAAAGAGUCUGAUGCUUGGCCAGCCUGCAUCAUCUUAGGUUGCAAAUUAUCUUAGCAUUAUGUAUUUUCCCUUGUGCUGAUUACACCUCAUCUCAAUGUAU